ACUAUGGCGAUGAAGUUCUUGCGAUCUGGUGCGUCCGCAACGGACGCUGUCGAGGCAGCCCUGCGUGUGCUCGAAGAUAAAGAGAUCACCAAUGCAGGCUACGGCUCCAAUUUGUCCAUAGAUGGGACGGUCGAGUGCGAUGCGACAAUUGUUGAUCACCUCGGGCGGAGCGGUGCUUGUGGAGCAGUGCCGAACGUCCGCAACCCCAUCUGCCUCGCCAAGUUGAUCCUCGACAAGAGCAAGCAACCUAUGACCCUUCGACGUGUUCCCCCGAACAUACUCGUCGGUGACGGAGCGAGGAACUUUGCCGUGGAACAUGGAAUGCUCGUGGUGCCCAACGAGAGCUUAAUCUCCAAAAAUUCCCGUGAUCGCUUUCUACACUGGCAAGACGAUCUGCGGCGAGCCGACGAGAGAUUGAAGCAAGGGGGCGAGUCACAGAAGGUUUACGGCCCUGAGAUUGCACCAUCUAACCUCGCAUCUUCUCAGCCGCAUGGGACUUUUCUCAGCACCCCGACUGACCAGAUGAGAUCAGGCUUUCCCCAACAGGGAGAUCAUGCCCACGCGAUUCUCUUAGGCACAUGGAAUGAAGGGCAACCCGACUCGCCGUAUCAUGGUCCUCCUGAAUCAGAAUGCCGGCCGGGUGCAUCACCCAUCACGCCGUUGAACGCCGGAUUGAUCGAACCUCGAGCUCCCCCACCGCCUGAGCAAUGCCAUCUCGAUUCCGCCAACAAUGUAAACUCUCCCAGAGGUCGUCGUGCUUCCCCUGCCAAAAUGUCGAGCUUGGAAGUCCACUCCAUUCUAGAAUCCCAACCUCAUGAAAGAGACCGUGACGGAGGGAGAUCCCCCCGGCUCGAGGAAGGUGGAACUAGGCCAACAAAUGAAGGGCAACGGGAACCGCAGCAAGCGCCUCGCGGUAUUAAGCGACCCUUCCCCUUUCCUGCAGGUACCGACGAUGCGAAGCAUACAAUGGAUGUGAUCACCGACACUAUUGGUGCCAUCGCGAUUGAUGCCAAGGGGACUAUCGCAGCGGGAUCCUCGUCCGGCGGAAUCGGUAUGAAGCACCGAGGACGCCUAGGCCCCGCUGCUCUCGUCGGUGUCGGUACGGCCGUCGUGCCCUGCGACCCAGACGAUCCGGAUGGCGUCUGCGUCGCCACUGUUACCAGCGGCACGGGCGAGCACAUGGCCACGACCAUGGCCUCACAGCGGUGUGCCGAGAGGAUAUACCGCAACACGCGACGAGGCCCACGAGGCCAGGAUGUCCAGGAAGAUGACGAGGAUGCGAUCAUGGAAUCUUUUAUCAAGGACGACUUUAUGGGACACCCGGGCGUCAAGAAUUGCAAUCCGGUCGGGGCCAUAGGCUUGAUGACGGUCAAGAAGACGAGAGGGGGUUGCUACUUGUACUUCGCCCACAACACGGACUCGUUCGCCCUCGCGUCGAUGGGAAGCUCCGACAAGGAACCCCAGUGUGUCAUGUCACGACUUGGGGACGUUUCCCAGGUGACUCGAGGCGCACGAAAGGUCGCACUGGAAUAG